AUGCCGGAUAUUCAUAUGAACUAUCGCCAUGAGUCCUUUGAUACGUUUACAUCAAACGGGGUGCUGUACAUUAGAGCAGAGGCUGUGUGGGCUGUUUCAGACGGCGGUGCGUGUGGCAUCAGCGGAAAGCAGAAGAUACGAGCCGCGUCUCUCCCGAUAGGAGUUCGACGGCCCACGCCGGUUUGCUUCCAGAACACCGCCUUUCACAGAGCGGUCGGAGUAGGCGGAGCUCAUGAGGUUAAUAUCAUCGGGAUACUUGCCUUGGGAUGGUCGUACAUAUUUUCGGCAGAAUUAAUCGAGAGGCAGGGACCAGGAUCGUCCAGCUUAGACUAUACCGACUCUAUUGCGGAAAUGUGCCAUGGGAAGGCAGAAGCGGUCGGUAAUAUGAUUCAUGUUGGCGCUGUGAGUGCGCAGGCAGCACGAUGGUGGGCAUCAAUUCUAGCACCUGGGCAGGGUUGGAAGGCUACAGUGUUGCAGUGUGACAGUGCCUGCUAUAUCUCGCCCUGGUCUGUGGUGCUCGAGCACGACGAAGCCUUCAAGGUCAGAGUGAGUGGCGAUUUACCAGCAAAUUCAACAAUGAAAUCCCUAAGCCCUCCGUCUUCCCAACAAGCAUUGGAGUUCCUUGUCAAUUUUUGUGCACUCCACGGUUCCCAUAGCCAACUCUUCGUCGCCCUCGCAACUGCUAUGACAUUCCCAGCACACAACUACUAUGGAACGCCAUCCAGGUUGCCUUGUGUACGUGGGUCGAAUACUCUCAAAUCUCCUCAAGUCACAGCGGAUAUUAAAGAGCUUUCUGUCCAAAUUCCUUACUAUAUGACGAUGAGCUGUGCCCACAACGUGACGGUUUCGAGUCUCUGCAGUGUAUUUUGGGAACCCAAAGUAUGCUGUAAUUUGGUCAGUCCAUGGCUUCAUCCUGUACUCAAAGAAAUACCCAAUCAUUAUUCCGGCUCUCUCUCCUUAGAUGAGAUCAUCCCUUUACUUUGUGCCCAACGAUGUCCAAAUCUUGCCACUCUCUGGCUUGGAGCUACUCUUAGUGGGCUUUCUUCCACUAUCAUUGAGCUUGUUGGUAGCGGAACCCCUCCUCUAGACACAAACGGUGCGCCGUGGACUGGAAACCCACAGUCUUUCAUGGAUGUUCCGGGUUCAGGCCCAUAUGUUCAAUUUGACUCCCCGCAGGAUAAGCUCUUUAGGUCGGACGCCUGGCGCCUUCUCUACCUACCGGCCGCUGUCGAGGAUGACUUGCAAUAUAAUAGCCCGCCAUUUUCACCAUGGCAACCUGUCGGCAUGACUAACUUUGAACAUGCAGCCAUCAGAGUAAAAGCCCAUAGAGAUUGCCCCCGUCACGAGCUGGUUUACCAUCACUGGUCAUGGCACCUAAAGAAUGGUUCGGGGUUGGAUGGACAUGGCUAUUGUUCUGACGCCAUCCCUAGUCACUCCUAUAAAAUAGACCCUCCCAUAACUACCAUGAACUACCAGGCACUUUCGCUAGAAGAUCAGGAAGCAUCCAUGAUAGCCUCACGAGAAGUCUUCGCGUGGGUUACUCGCAACUGUGAAGGACAUCCUCCCGAGGAGAUAUACCACGACCCCUGGAUACGUGAUGAUAGCGAAAGCGAAGCGUCAGAGUCUUGCACGUCUUCUAAGAGUGCAAGAUCCACUGGCGGGCUAACAGGGCCAUCAGAUAUUGAAGCAUGGAUUAUGAGAACGAACUCAUAA